AUGGAGCGGCCGCGCACGCGCACUCAGCAAGGCUCAGGCUGGCCCGGGGUAAAAGGGAGGGGCCACGUGGGAGGUGCCACGUGGGAGGGGCGGGAGGAGAGAAAACUGGGACUGCUGCGCACGCGCGCUCCGUGGCGCUCGCCGGCGCUCAGCCCUGUUCCCGUCAUCCUCCACGCGAGCAGAGGUGCAAAGCGCGAGCUUGAGGUCGUCGCAGCUGCUCCCCGGAUGUGGCUCCUCCUCUUCGGAGUGGAGGAGGCCCGGCAUCGUUUCUUCCUGCGUUUUGUCUGUCAGGCAGUUGGUCAGGAGCCGCUGCUACCCUCAAUAAGGCCCCUCAUUUAUCUGAGCUUCUCUGACCUGCUCCUGGGAAUAUGCUGGCUCAUUGAGGCUCUUCUGUAUGGAACUUCAGCUGCCAAUAAGGACAUCAUCUGCUAUAACCUGCAAGCAGUUGGACAGAUAUUCUACAUUUCCUCAUUUCUCUACACUGUCAAUUACAUCUGGUACCUGUACACAGAGCUGAGGAUGAAACACAACCAGAGUGGACAGAGCACAUCUCCACUGGUGAUAGAUUAUACUUGUCGAGUUGGUCAGAUGGCCAUCAUUAUGUCAAGCCUGAUACCCCUGUUAUUGAUGGUCCCUGUGUUCUGUCUGGGCAAUACGAGUGAAUGUUUCCGCAACUUCAGCCAGAGCCACAGGUGUAUCCUGAUGCUUUCACCACCAUCAGCCAUGGCUGAACUCCUGCCUUCUGCCAACACAUCUGUCUGUAGCAUACUUUAUUUUUAUGGGAUCAUCAUUUUUCUGGCCAGCUUUCUACUCAGCCUCCUCACCAUUGUGGUCUUACUCAUCCAAGCGCAGACACUGUAUAAGAAGUUUGUGAAAUCGACAGGCCUUCUGGGGAGUGAACAGUGGGCAGUGAUUCACAUUGUGGAACAGCGAGUGCGUUUCUACCCAGUGGCCUUCUUUUGCUGCUGGGGCCCAGCUGUCAUUCUGAUGAUCUUAAAGCUGACCAAACCACAGGACACCAAGCUUCACAUGGCCCUCUAUGUUCUCCAGGCUCUAACAGCAGCAUCCCAGGGUCUGCUCAACUGUGGAGUAUAUGGCUGGACACAGCACAAGUUCCACCAACUAAAGCAAGAGACUCGGCGUGAUGCAGACACUCAAACACCAUUAUUAUGCUCGCAGAAGAGAUUCUAUAGCAGAGGGCUAGAACCAUUGGAGCCCACCCUUGCUUUUGCUGCCAACAACUCCACUAUUCUUUGAAACUAUGACACUGAACAUUUAGGAACUAGAAUUAUUCCACACAAAUGGAUUGAAAAGAAUUUAGAGAAAGAUAUCUUAAGUCUUUUAUAACCAUACCCUAAACUGUGGAACUGAAAGGUGAUAUACCCCCUCCUCAUGUAUCGACUUGGUUAGGUUCCAAAGACCAGGUUGUUAUGUAAAAUUGGCAUUAUGUGAAGGUGGAGGCUGUAUUUCUUCCAUUUCAAAUAGUUAUUAUACAGGUCGAUACUAAUCAGUGGGACAGCAGCUUCCCAAUAACUCCAAGAGGCGGAAAAUGUAGGUGGGUACUGUAUGUCCCACUGGUCAUGUUAAUGUGCAAAAUAAUCGGAUAGUAGAUUUGUUACUGUUGCCAUAAAUGUGAAAUUUCAGAUAACGAGAUAGUCAAUAACUGAGGAGAAGGUAUAUAGUGCCAUGGUCUGUAGCUAUUUUGGGUUAAUUGGGCAGGAUAUCUCCAGUCAUUCCCAGAUUCACUAGUGGUUCUUAAAAUCUUCCCUGUUCAGAGAGGUGAAGCCACCUUCCAUCUGAUAGACUCAUAUUACCUCAAGAAUAUUAGAUUUGUU